AUGACGACCCUCCCAACCACUCAACCCCACGAUCCCGCCAACGGAUGCUGCCCCGGACAGACCAGCAUAGCUCGUCACUAUACAAAAAAGCGCUGGUCUAUCGAAGACGGACUACAAUGGGGAUCCGAUCCUAGCUUCUGCUUCCAUGGCUUCUCGUGCCCCACCGGCACGUGGACAGAAGAUCAGCUAGUUCAGAAUUUAAUGCGCGACAUGGCCUGUAUGUACAGCGGCAUCGACAUAGCCAGCAAUCUAGACAUGAAGGCCUUGGAAUUCGAGUACUCCGGAAAGCCCGGAAUGCAGAACUGGGACCCCAUCAUUAUCGAAAAUGAGAAUGCACCUCUGCUGCGUCUUGGGAAUAGAAACGGACAUUCAAUCAUGCCCAGCUCCAUGUCUCUCUCACCUUUGGCGGCUGCAUCACCUGCGUCUGCCCAGAAAUUCUCUUCCAAUGAUAAGAAUAGCGCGGCGCCGCGGAAUAAAAAACGAAAAUGUGCACAGACCCCCGGGCAGACUCUUUGUCACUGCCGCUCGGAAAAGAAGAGGAGGGAUGCGGUUGGAGAGGGAUAUCGGGAUCUUUGUCGGAAUGUGCCUGGGCUGGAAAAUAGUAAUUUUACCAGGAAGUACAUCCUUGAUGAAGCGGCGAGAUAUUUGGAGUCUUUAAUGAAGGGGAAUGAAGAGCUCCAUCGACAAUUGGAAUGCCUUCAACUUGAACGAGAGGAAAUGAAGGAUAUGGACAUACAACUCUUUGAAGGAUUAUUAGAAACAAAUUGA